AUGCGCUUCACGCAUCUCAUCCGGCUGCCAAGCCACCUCCUACUACUGAUCGCAACUAUAUCACCUCGGACUUUCGCAUCACCAACCACAUCAUCCUCAAACAGCACAACAUCAUGGUGUCUCUCCACAACAACCGGCACCGGCCCUCUCUACCUCUUCAACCCCGCUAAAUCCUGUUCCGACCAAAUCGUUACUUUCACCCCCGAAAUCAUGCAAGCGACAGAUAUAUGCCGGGCCGGGUAUCAAAAAUAUCAUUUCAAGAUGUGCGGAAAGAAUGUCACUCUGAGCGUGAAUGCUGGUCCGAAGAGCCUGGUCGGUGUGAAGCAGAUGGGGGCAGAGCUUUCAGGGUUCGCCGACGAUAAGAGUUUGGACGAAUUUGCCGAUUUGUGGGGAUUGAGGCAAGCAUGGCACGUUUGCAUGGAAAGACUCAAAUCGCUUGGAGUGGCCUCUGUCGCACGGCAAACGGUGUUCGCGAGUGCAAUGAUUCGAUCCCAAGAGGCUCAGCCAAAACCAGUCAUCCAACAUCUUCCCGCCGACAUAGCGCUAGCAAUGUGUCAGGACCUCGAUUUGGACAGCCCCAGAAAUCUCCGCCUCUCAGGCAAAGCGCUUUGCAUAUGUGCGACAGAAGCUCUGUUCAGCCACAUCGCCAUUGUGUCAUCGCCCGCUGAGUCAAUAAGCGAAGAGGAAAUUGCUAGGCGAGAGGAAGAAGAGGGGCAACAGAAGGCUGCCCGGGAACAGAAUGGGCUGCCUUUUGCAAGACUUGUCCAAGUGCAUAAGCAAAGUCAUGAAAAGCGAGCAGCGGUCUUUGGACUGGCAGGUCCAGCUAUGAAAGUAUGCCUAUGUCCACCGGAGACUUUGCUCCAUGGAAUAAGGAUCGGAAAGAGGCCACUGUAUGACCAAAUGCGCCGCUCAGAAGUGUGUCUUGGGCUUGUCGAACGAGUGCAAUGCAUGAACGUGUCUUUCGCCGCGAGCAUCCUCACUCACCAAAUGUCUGUGCGCAUUCGCUCCGGUGGCUUGGAAAACUUGGAGUGUGUGGUGGUGUCAGGGUUCAUCACGUGCCUGAUGCCUGAGGCUGUAACUGCCACACUUCAUCUUUAG